AUGGCCCACCCGCCCUACGGCCAACAAAACCCACAAAACCUCCAAUUCUACUCGUCCUCGUUUUCGAACCAACCUGUCUCUGGGCAUUCCACACCGUUCCAAGCGAAUUACGGAGCUCCUCAAGCGCCGGCAUAUCCAACACAAUAUGGUGCAGGGUUCAGCGCACCGGGCGUGAGCGGGCAGAUGGGCGUCGGAUCUUCUGGACUGCGGACGGGAUGGUUGGCUGCAUUUGGCACAGAGGGAUAUGACGGUGAGCCGCCGCUGUUGGAAGAGCUAGGCGUGAACUUCGGACACAUCAAGAUGAAGACGCUGGCGGUCUUGAAUCCUUUUGGCAGGAUCGACCAGCAUAUCAUGGACGAUAGCGAUAUUGCUGGGCCUAUACUGUUCUUCUUCGUUUUCGGGACGAGUUUGCUGUUGAGUGGGAAGCUGCAUUUUGGGGUACAUUUACGGUACGAUGUGCUGUGA